AUGUGGAGCAGGGCACAGGGCAGUAAAUUUAUUGGAUUAGAUAUGUCUCCAAUUUUUCCGACAGAAAACAAACCAAAGAAUGCCGAAUUUAUCGAAUGCUAUGUGCUUGAAGGACUUCCCUUCCCGUCAAAAACUUUCGAUUCUGUACAUCAAAAAUUACUAUACGUAGCUUUCUUUGCAAAGCAAUGGUUACAAGUGGUAAAAGGUUUUGAAACCUUCGGGAUAUGCAGAAUUUAUGAAAAUAGAGACCUAUUGGAAAAAGAAUUAACGAGAAAUACGUAUUCGUUAAGAUUAAAAGAUAUUAUGGAUUCAACAAAAAGUUUUGAUAAAGUCGUAUUUUUGCUGCUGGGAAAAUUUUGGUGA